CCCAAACAAGCCCUGAGAAAAUCUGCAUUUGCCGGUAGCAUUUUACUCUUUCCAACUUGAGAAGGUGUGGACUUUUUCUAAUUUUAUAUGAUUACCGUUUGCCAAACUAAGAUUGGGAACUGAAAUUGCCACAAUUUUCGAUUACCAAAUGUCGAAAGUUCCACCCAAGAGUUUGAGCAAAGUACCUCGUGUUUUCUCUCUUCGACUUUCUAAGGUAGUUUUUGUAGGUAAAUUUUUAAGGCCUUUUUUAGGAAAAAGAAAGCCAGUGGGGUUUAUUAGGGUUUAAGAAUUCAAGUCUACGGCGGUGUCUAUGAAAUGGGAGGGAGAGUGAAAAAUAUGAAGAGGGAAACCUCAAGGGAAGAUCUUUUAAAUACAAGAGGAGAGAAGAGAAACUGUGAUGUCUUCUUCUUCUACUGUUCUUAACGUCAAACCUUCACAUCUUAGAAGCCAUCUCUGAGCAAAUGAGAGUUAAAAAAUGGCUUUAAAGAAAUCAUUUAUUGGCAUUGUGGCUACCGUUGCUUCUGCUUGUGCACUAUCUGAUCGUGCUUAUGCAGACUUUCGUUUUCCGUUAUUUGGUUCAAAUCCUGGUUCUCAGAAUGUUCAGGCCCCUAUUGCUUCUAAUUCUCCAGAAGACAAAGCAUCAAAUGCAAGCUCUAAAGGGGGUUCACAUAGUUUGGAUCCUGAAUCACUGGAAAGAGGUGCUAAAGCUUCGCGAGAGAUCAAUAAGUCGCCCUAUUCCAAGCAGGUUUUUGAAAUUAUGAGGAUGCAAGAGGAAACCAGACAAGCUGACUUGGAGUUGGAUAAUGUGAAAUAUCAAACGCAUCACACUGAAGCUGAUAUUGAGAGGCAAAGAAAAUUUGCCGAAGAGCAAAGAGAUUUAAUACAGAAACAAGCACAAACAAGGGCACAAAAAGCACGUUAUGAAGAUGAGCUGGCUAGAAAAAGAAUGCAGGCCGAACAUGAAACUCAGAGGAAACAAAAUGUUGAGCUGGUGAAGAUGCAAGAGGAGUCUUCUGUACGCAGAGAGCAAGCAAGACGCUCAACUGAAGAGCAGAUUCAAGCACAACUACGCCUAUCAGAGAAAGAGAGGGCAGAGAUUGAACGCGAGACAAUUAGGGUGAAAGCUAUGGCUGAGGCUGAAGGACGAGCUCAUGAAGCAAAACAAACUGAGGAGCAAAACAGGAGAUUGCUUUUAGAACGAGUGAAGGGUGAACGUGAGAAAUGGAUUGCAGCAAUAAAUACUACUUUUGGUCACAUUGAAGGUGGUUUUAGGAUAUUACUGAAUGACCGUAGCAGGUUGGUUCUUGCCAUUGGCGGAGCCACUGCAGCUGCUGCUGGAAUCUACACUACUAGAGAAGGUGCCAGAGUAGUUUGGGGCUAUGUUAAUAGGAUUUUGGGACAACCUUCACUGAUUAGAGAGUCAUCAAUCGCAAAAUAUCCAUGGUCUGGAUUUGUUUCUCGAGGUGUACGUAAACUUUCUGGUGCAAGUAAUGAACCUGGAAAUGUAGGCUCCUCUGGAAACAAAAGCAGCCUUGGUGAUGUUGUUUUGCAUCCUUCACUUCAAAGGAGGAUAGAACAACUUGCUCGGGCCACAGCGAACACUAAAUCUCAUGAGGCCCCAUUCCGAAACAUGCUCUUUUAUGGACCUCCUGGUACUGGUAAAACUAUGGUUGCUAGGGAAAUUGCACGGAAAUCGGGUUUGGAUUAUGCCAUGAUGACAGGAGGAGAUGUCUUACCCUUGGGUUCACAGGCUGUAACCAAAAUCCAUCAGCUGUUUGACUGGGCUAAAAAGUCAAGGAAGGGUUUAUUACUCUUCAUUGAUGAGGCAGAUGCAUUUCUAUGCGAGCGUAAUAGUAUUCAAAUGAGUGAAGCUCAGAGGAGUGCUUUAAACGCACUUCUCUUUCGAACCGGGGAUCAAUCACGGGAUAUAGUUCUCGUCCUUGCAACGAAUAGACCUGGUGACCUCGAUGCUGCCAUUACCGAUCGCAUUGACGAAGUCAUCGAGUUCCCUCUUCCAGGUGAAGAGGAGCGCUUCAAGCUAUUGAAACUUUACUUGGACAAAUACAUAAUCCAAAGAGAGAACAAUGAUGCACCAAUUUGGAAUUCGUUAUUUCGGUCAAAGCAACAAAAGAUAACGGUGAAGGAUAUCAAUGAAGAUGUGAUUCGAGAAGCGGCUAAGAAAACAGAGGGGUUUUCUGGAAGAGAGAUAGCAAAACUCAUGGCGAGUGUGCAAGCAGCUGUUUAUGGGAGCCCAGACUGUGUGCUGGACUCUCGCAUGUUUCAAGACACGGUGGACUAUAAAGUUGCGGAGCAUCGGCAGCGUGGAGAACUUGCUGCUGUUUGCUAAUUGUGUUUUGAGGAGAGAGAGAGAGAGGUCUUCAGUGGUGUCUUUACAAUGAGAGAGAGAGAGAGAGAGAG